AUGAUUAAAACUUCUGGAAAGAAAAAUCAACCCGAGAUCACUGUUCAUCCUCGAAGUGUUGCAAAAACAGAAGGAGAUAACGUAACGUUAUCUUGUAAUGCUACUGCAAAUCCAGUACCAACAAUAUCAUGGUUCAGAGAUGGAUCUCCUGUCAAUACAACUAUUAAUUCCAGGAUCAGUUUUUCAGAAGACAAAAGGCAGUUGGCAAUAACGCAUGUGAACAGGACAGACAGCGGAGAAUACCGAUGUGUGGCGAGCAACGAACUUGGAAAUGAUACCUCCAAUGUUGCUACACUGGAUAAGGAUUAUUGUCGUUUCCUUUCAGGCAGUGCACCAUCAUUUACCGAAGAGCCUCGUGACAAAUCUCCAGUGGAAGGUAACAAUAUUACUCUGGAAUGGAGGUACAACUUUGGAUGUGAAACAUUUCGUGGGCUUAUCUUUGGAUAUAGUGACAUACACCUCAUAAGACUGGAUCGCACCUUCCAAGGAUGGCUGUUUACAGCUCCUGCAUACAGAGGUCGUUUAUUAGUGAAUGUAAUAGAAACAUAUAUAUCGAUCACGUUCCUCAGAGUGAAUAGGGCAGACAGUGCAACUUACUGGUUGAUCAUAUACAGCAGCAACAGAGAAUCUUCUAACAGUGCAAUGGAGAUUUCAGUAGAGUAUCCACCUGAGAUUACUGUUCAUCCAGACACUGAAACAAAAUCAGAAGGGGAAAACGUGUUUUUUUCUUGUGACGCUGAUGGAAAUCCAGUACCAAUAAUGUCAUGGACCAGAAAUGGAUCUCCCAUAGAGACAAUUAAUAAUUCCAGGAUCAAUUUUUCGGCAGACAACAAGCAGUUGACAAUAACGAAUGUGAGAAGGACAGACAGCGGAGAAUAUGGAUGUGUGGCGAGUAAUAUUCUUGGAAAUACUACCUCCAAAGCUGCUUCACUGGAUGUAAAAUGUAAGACCGUUGCUGUUGUUGUUGUUGUUUGAAACUUUUUUAAUUAAUACGUUCUCUGUUUCGAAGCUUUUAUGUGCCUUUAAAAGGUGGCUCAAAAAAGUUUUAUGGCGCGCGCAGCCUGGGUUCUAAUAGCGCGCGUGAGUUACAAAAGCCCACGAAAGCCCACGAAGCAAUGUAAACAAUAUGGCGUCUGUGGUGUAUCUUCGCCUCCUUCUUGAGUGCCAUCAUGACUGACAAUAAUUGAUGUUGUGUGCUAAUAAUUCAGUGUCAUCGUUACGUUUCGUUGGGUGCUCAAAUGUCUGGCGUGAAAAUUACUUCCAUUACUUUCACGUACUCAUGGGGUGAUAAAGAAAGCAGAACACGAUUUUACUUUUAUUGCGCACCAAUUUUUCGCACCGUCGCGCAUCACGUCUAAACUUUACUUUGACUUUUUUAAACACAUCGCUUGCGUGAUUUUUUUCAUAAACAACGAUUCACGCUUAAGGUGGCUCGGAAUAAUUUUAUGGCGCGCGCAGCCUAAGGUUCUAAUAGCGUGCGCGUGAGUUAUAAAAACCCAUGAAGCAAUGUAAACAAUAUGGCAUCUGUGGUGUAUUUUCGCCGCCUUUUCGAGUGUUGCUUUAAAGCUUACGUUUUUUUUUUUUUUAAUAAUUUGCAUCCAUUCAUCAGAAAUUCCCCUUCCUUGGUUACGUCUUCCUCUCUUCGGCAUUAUGUAUGCUUCACUUCCAAUCGCAGCGACCGAGAAAAAUCUCAAAACAACGAUCGUAGCUUUCCUCGUAGAGUCGUACAUGGAUUUACGUGCCUGCCAGAAGUUGUUUAUUCAUUUGCUCCAGGCAGCUUUCAUACAGAAUAUGUUGGAGAGGAAACAUCCAGUGAAAGUAAAAAAGAGGUACACGGAAAAAGCCCUAAACAUCCCAUGAAGAUCGAUAGUUAAAGUUCGUGACACGUUUGAUGGGGACAAGGGAAGAGGGGCAUAGCACUAGCGCAGAACGCUAAGCGUUUCGGUGAGAAAAGCUUGAGACUUAUUUGUUUUGUUUACUUUUCAAUUUUCAACCGCACUGUCAAGACCGGCCAUGCGAGGUUUGAAAUUGAAUGAAACCAUAACAAGUGAUCGUUUAUUCAAAUAAAAUGAAGAUGUGAGCACUACAGAUGUAAUGAUGAUUGUAUUAUCAAUACACGCGGCCAAAUGACAAACUGCCCUCUGUAAAACGCGCCAUUUUGCGGGCCAAACGGAAAAUGCGCGGUGGUGGCAAUGUAUUUGCCACCCUGAUUCUGAGUGGCUGCAGAGAUGUCAAACAGCUUCGCUCGGCCAAUGAUAUUUCGUAAUACCAUUUCAAUGCUAGAGUUGGCGCGAAUUUUUGUGGAUGACUUUGCACUUGUUCCCUUUGUAGUUCUGUAGUGAACGUUUGACGUUUGGAGAUUUUGAAGUCCCAGACUUUCAGCUUUUUUCUAGUCAAAACUCGGACUUAGACAACGAGCAACUGGAUGAAACUGAGCAAAAAGCUCAAGCGAAAAACACCAAGAAAACAACUGAGCGGGGAGUAAAAAAGUUCGAGAAAUGUUGUGAGAAAAGAAAAAUUACAGUGGAUCUCUAAACAGUACGGUCCAACGUACUUGAGUGAAAUUCAACGGACUUGAGUGAAAUUCUGCGAAAGUUCUUCGCUAAAGGGAAAAUAGAGAAAGGGAAAACAGAGAGAGGCCAAGCAUUAUUCCAGGUACAUUGACUGGAAUUAGAGCUGCCAAUCGUCGCCAUCUAACCUGUGCUCCACUCAGCCGAAACAUAAACAUUUUGCAAGACAGCGUAUUCAUGUCUGCCAACAAAAUGUUUGAAGCGAAGGCGAAGCUAUUUACGAAAGAAAACGAUGCGAAACCAGAAUACAAAUCAUCUAUUCAGUCAGGAGACCGGUAGAAAUUGAAUUGAUACCUCAUGGAAGGACAGAACGCGGACGGCGUUUGGAAACAUGCGGAGUUAGUUGAGUUUCUUUAGUUUUCGUUUUGUUUUCAUGUUGCUCGCUGCGGCAGAGAGGGAUGGCUUACAUGGCAGUCAUUUGAUUUUUGCUAAUUAUUGAUGCUUAUCUUUUUAAAACUAGAAUUAUAUUUGACUUUUACUGUAAACAAAAAAGGAAUUUUAUUUGGCUCUUGUUUACCUGAUCGUAUUAAAGCAACAACUUUCCAUAUCAUAGUUUCAUGCUACAUCUCUGUGAAACAUUUUUUCUUAUUAAUUUAAAUGACUUUGUAUGAUUUGGCCUUGUGUAUUGAUAAUAAUGAUAAUCAAAUGACUUUUGUCGGGCAUAUAGUUUAUUUGUGUCCCUCGUAGCAUCAUUUGCGCCCGAGCGGAGCGAGGGCGCAAAUGAUGCUACUCGGCCCACAAAUAAACUAUAUCCCCUCCAAAAAUAAUGUGAUUGUCCUAUUUAAGGAACUGUAAAUUAAACGUGAAAAACAAAUAUUUCUGGUCUUGAAAGUCCACGAAACAACAACAUUAGACGAGAUAACAUUUCUUGCAUUAGAUCGAUAUUGAAGCACGUUUAUGCAAACUUUUCCCACCUGAUUUUUUACCUAUUGUCUCCUAGUAUCAAAAACUACAAAUAUUUCGAACUAACAACCGCAAGGUGACAUUGUGUUAUUCCCUUACUUUGCUGAUUGUUCCGCGCGCGUGGACUCGAUUGAGCGCGUGAAAAACCUCCCGCAUGCGUAAACGCGGAUCUAUUCGACUCGGAAUUUUCCCUCAUUUUCCAAAUUCGCACGUCUACAUUUCCGCUUCUGGUCAGUUAAAUUUUUGUGAUAGGCUGCGGAUAUAUAUACCGAUUUUUAAAAAAUUCGAUAUGAAGGGAAAAAAAUAGGAAACCAAUAGUCGAAAAGUGUUUUUUUCUUUCAUCUGUUUUGAAGAUCAAUCCU